AUGCCGAGGGCGGAAAUAAAGACAGUAACGGAGAGCCAGUGUGUUUUUGAGAAUGACUUUUGUGACUGGUCUCGUGCACCGGGUAGCACUUUCAACUUUCAACGGCACAAGGGACAGACUGAUGCUGCAGGAAAAACAGGACCUCGAACGAAUUGUAAAGGCUCUGACGGUUAUUUCAUUUACGUCGAUGCUACGGGAAAUCCCGGGGAACUUGCUAAACUUCGUUCUCCAAACUUUCCUAUGGGACAUUACUGUUUUGAGUUCUGGUACCACAUGUAUGGAGAGGAUAUGGGUACUCUAAAAGUUUGGGUGUUUGCAAGCGGCAUGAAACGCAAACUGUUGAAGAAGUUCGCGAAGAACCAAGGCAAGAAAUGGUUUGAGUUUGAAGCCCGAAUCGGAAAUAAUUUCGCCAGCGAUAUUGCUCUGGACGAUAUCAGCAUCACGCCGGGACGUUGCCUCUAG